GCUGUUUGUUCUCUCCUCCCACCUUCACGAGCUACCAUCUGCGUUGCAAGCCUUGAGCAAGCUCUCCAGCCUUGCCUCUUGCAGUCACCGCCUAUCCGUCCUUGCCUCUUUCCUCCCAAGAGCCAGUGUCGUCCUGUCGCAGUCGCUUAACGUCCACGACGUCCUCUAUAGCGGCCACACCAUCGGCAACGACUAACAGGGCACCAUAGGCCAGCUCCCACUCCCACCGACCCUUCCUCCUCAUAUAGCUGUCAUCCGGUUCCUCUGCAUGCAUAUCCUCUUCACGACAGACCUUUCCUAGUUGCUUUUCUACUCUUUCUACGAUCUGCUUUCCCUAGCUUCUCCUGUCUCCUCCUCUCCCGCGUUCCAGAGAGAUCAGACAACCGCCAACGGAUAUCGCCAUCCUCUGGUGCGCUUCAUGUUGCAGUAUACCGUACAGCUUCCCCCACUCUCCCUCUCCUCCUCAAAGCACUCAAAGCCGUCCAAGUCUGCUCCCAAGUCCUCCAGUAGAGACCUUAUUUUCGAUGACCAACCCCGUCCAACUUCAAGUACCAGCACGCUUCCCCAUAAUGCUUCUUCUACGACUCCAGCUAUAGCUAAUUCCUUCAACUCUAAGCGUGGGCCCCUCGCAUACGACAAGCUCGUUCCUGCUCGUCCUGCUGCCUACUCUUCUGUUUCUCAUCAUGCCGUUCCUCUUGCUAUCUCUACUUCGACUGCUACUUCCACCUCUCCUCUCUCAUCCGGCCCUGCUUCGUCUUCCUCGGGUUCGGCGUCGCCUUCCUUGCAUUCAGCCAAACCCAUGCUUCGUUCCCCACUCGUAUCCUCUUCUCGUCAACAGCUUUCUUCCCCUGUUACCUCUCCCCGACAGCUCGCUUCCCCCAGUCCCGUCCCAACUCAUCGUCAGCUCUCAUCCGUCACCGGAACGUCCACGCGGUCUCCUCAUCCGCUCAAGGCGAACCUUCCAUCGCUCAAUGGUUCGCGUCCAGGAACGGGGACCACCUCUCGGCCAAGUACAGGUACCCGACCAGACACGACGCCCGGGUUUGACAACUCCGGAUACUUCUCUACCCGCUCUCAGUCGCGCUCCCGUUCGUCAUCGUUAUCAUCCACACUCGCUGACGUCCUUUCGGCUGGCGAACUGGUCGGCGAGGGUCUUUCAUUGCAAGGAGAGAUCGUUCGCAAAGUGCCGAUCCCCGCACCUCAUUCUGACUGUGCGAACGAGGACCCUGCUCCUGAGUUUGAGGUGGUGAGGAAGCUGGGAACUGGAUCGUAUGCGGUAGUGUACCUUGUUCGGGAGGUGCUCGGCCGUACGAUUGUAUCGGGAUCUCCGUCGAGUUCGGUCGAUGGUCAUAUUGCAGCUGUUGGUAGGAUGGAUUUUGAUUCGGAGAGUGAGGACGGGCAUGGGUUCAUCAGGAAGGAGAAAGAAGAGAGGAUUUACGGCCGCGAAUACGCUGUCAAAGUGUUGAGCAAGGCUAACUUGGACGAGGAUGCUUUGGAAGCUCAAUUGUUCGAGGCUACUUUGCAUCAGUCGCUUCGGCCACAUGCAAACAUCGUCACGCUUCAUCGCACGUUGGAGACGGCCUCGUUCCUGUUGCUUCUCCUGGAGUUCGUACCAGGUGAAGACUUGUUCUACUUUCUGGAACAGUCUAGAGACCAUUAUUCUCCUACGCCUCUCGAGUCGUCCACUUCUCCCACUAGCAGCUCUCCAGGCUCGCCAGGCUCACCAUCCUCGGGGUCUUCCACGCAUACCCCGCCAACGCCUUCUUUGCUAUCAUCUCUGCAUCCUUCACACCUCCUCUCACACACGCGUCUGCGCCUCAUCGCUAGCAUGUUUUCCCAGAUGUGUGACGCGGUGGCAGCAUGUCACGAGCAGAAGGUCUUCCAUCGAGAUAUCAAGCCUGAGAACUUUAUUGUGACAGAUGCGUGGGUGGAGAAACCUGGUGCGCGGGAGGGUGAGGUUAGGAAAGAGAGGAAGGUUGUCGUCAAGUUGACGGACUUCGGGUUGGGCACUAUGGAUGAGGAGAGUGCUGAUAUGGAUUGCGGGAGUGCUCCAUACAUGAGUUUUGAAUGUCGAAAUAACAUACACCCUACUUAUUCACCUCGCGCGGCCGAUGUCUGGUCACUUGGUAUCGUGCUUAUCAAUAUGUUGUACCAUUACAAUCCCUGGUCAGACACAACGGAAGGCAUCUGCCCAUCGUUCGAACUGUACCUUCGUGAUCCCGUCAACUUCUUCAUGACUCGCUUCACAGGCAUGACUCUCCCUGUCGCCGAAUUCCUGACGAAGAAGGUCUUCUGUAUCCUCGAAGACCCCAAAGACGACUCUGCUCGAGUCGCUGCAAAGGAGUUCGGGCGAUGGGCAAGGGACCUCCCGGUCCUGUUCAACGCUUCAUCUCAUGGUCACGCUGGUCACAAACGCAACGUCUCCAUCUCCAGCACUGUUGGAUACACCCUUGCUUCGGUUCCGCAGAGCAGGCGGCCAUCCCUUCGGCAUGCUCCGUAUUCAGGGGACAGAACCAGUUGGGCAUUGGGUGGGUCCUCGAGAGCUCCUUCCCAGAGAGCUUCGUGGGCCAUGUCGAGACAGCCGUCUUUCGUUGGUGCCGGUGGGUCAUCGCUUUCCGUUGCAGUCGAAGAGACUUCCAUGGAGAUGGCGGCUGGAUCUAUGCUGCCGCCUCUCCUCGACGUUGAUCAACUCCUUGUCGAAGAGCCUGAACAGGAGCAGGAGCUAGAGGGUGAAGUUGAAACCGAGCCGCAGUCUCGCAGUGCGUCGACUCAGAAACGGAGGAAGCGCGGUGCACGCAAAGCCUCUCAAGCGUUGGCUAGAGAGAUCAGCAGGACUUCGAGGUCCUCUGGUCAACCGCUUGAUUCGCAACAUCCUCAUCAUGUCGUUCCACCACAUAUUCCACCAUCGUCUAUCUCUGCGCUUUCGUUGUCCAUGUCCAUGUCUUCCAAUUCCCCAGCUCAUUCUGUAUCAGUACUUCCCACUCUUCCAAGCCAAACAUCGCAAACAUCGUCAUCUUCUGUACAAAUACCCUCAUCUUCUACUGCCUCCUUGUCCGGAAUGCAGCUCUCUGCGUCUGGCAAGUCAUCCAACUCUCGUCGUCCUCCUAUCCUCAAUACUUCUUCUGCUAAUGCCUCCGCUGCUGUCACGACUCCCACCACGCCAACGUCCAUUUCCAAGAAACCGAGCAAAUGGAAACUUGGCUUCGGAAAGGGAAGUCAGUCGCAUUCUAACCCGCCGCCGCCUCCAUUGCCUUCGUCUCAAUCGGAGAACCUUUCGAAUGGUGGACAGAGCAUGUCUACUACGGCGAGCAAUGUGACUAAUCUCCUUAUGGGACUCAACGCGCCUCCACCGUCGACUACGUCUCAUUAUCCCAAGCGAACUCAACAACCUCCUUCGAAUAAGUCUCAGACGUCGUUGGAAGAGAACCCCGCGUGGAGUCGUGGACGACGUGCGGGCAAGGCUGCAGCUACUUGGGGACCGUCACAAACCUCGUCUGCGUUUGGCGCUACAGGACCGUAUCAGCAUUCGCAGAACAACUCGAGCACGGUUAGCUGGACAUCAUCAUCCAAUCAAGCGAUCAAUCCCAAUGGACAUCAUCAAGCUGGUUCGACGUCUUCGAUGUCAGUCAACGAACGCGAUCGGCGUGCGGUUUCGCCUUCGAGUACGAAGAGCGGAAAACCGUUGGCUUCGAGCGCGAGUUCGAUGGCUUCGAGUAAUUGGAGAAGCUCGAUGAGCAGUACGGGUGCGUCGAGCAGCUCGAGUGCGUUUACUAGGUAUAGCAAUGGGAGUACGAGGAGUGUGAGCACUGCUGCUACUAGCGUGAGCUCUGCUAGUAGUUGGCGUAGUGGUGGGAGCAAGUAUCCGUACGACACUCCGGGACAGUUACCGCCUAACGUCAAGCUGAUGACUGGGACUCCUUGGGAACUCGAUCAACUUCCUCGUCAGAUGUACAUCAACCCUGAUGAAGCACGCUUUGGGGCACCGCCGCCUCCCAAACGACGGGCGCCGAAGAAGGAUUCGACAUCUUCGAAGCUUGGGCAGUUGGGAACGAUCGACGAGUGGCCUCCUAAUCAGAAGACCACUAUUACUACAACUGCUGCUGCUGCUACCACUGCUGCUGCUGUUCCGUCGUCGUCGUUGGCACAGAGACAAGAUGCUGCGACGAGCACGACUGAUCUUGGUCGUGAACGAGAGCUUAGUAACGGUUCUUCGAGGGAGGGCGAUGGGCCUGGUGGUGAUGCGUCUUCUCCGAGGAAGGUUCAGAAAGGUCAGAUCAAUGCGUUGGCGAAGAUGCUUUCGGCUCUGCGGAGGUGAAGUGUGACCCCACGUGGAUAUAGGUUCGGAUGGGCUUGGAAGAAGAAGUCGAUGAUGAUGAUGAUAACGGUGGUGGUGGUGAUAGUGGUAGUGGCAAGUCGUUGGCUCGUGACGACUCGUCGUGUGAUGGCAAAUACCGGUUUAUAUGCAGAUGAGCGCGAACUACUCCAUCGGUUUUAUUCUUCUGGUGAUGUUUGUGUAUGACAUUCAUCUCUCGUUUGUGACCGCCUUUUUUACACCCUCCUCCCCUUCCCUUUCUUUUCAAUAUCAUCCCAUUUACCCCAUUCCACUUUACCCCGCCCCACUUUCCGCUUCACGCUUCAGCACAACGCAACGUUCUUCUUUUGCCCGUCUCUCUCGUAUGCACAACCCGCGCAGCUCAGACGGUGUCUCAUCGAAGUCUCGCUUGUUUUUUUUUUUUGGCCUUUCGUCUCUUUUGCGCUUUUGCGCUUCUGGAUUUCUUGUACCAUACAGAGAAAAAGGAAGAAAAGCCAAUUAUUGUUUCACCACCCACCCUCUAUCGCAAUCCAAUCCAAUUCCCCUCAUGUUUUUCAAUAUUUCUUCUGUCUCCUCUAACACAACCACACACUCCUUACCGGUUUCUCUUUUCAUCGUCUACAACACCGCUGCAUCCCGGGGAAGGAACCUAGGCCCUUUAUCAUUUCCUCACUCAAUAUCCACGCUUUGCAUGCACGCAUUUUUCUUCUCUUCUUCCUUCCAUUCCUUUCUUUUCUCUCUGGUAGCUUGGACCCCCGGUUGCGUCUUUGUGCUCAUAUUCUGAAGUCUCACUUACCACCCACCCCACACUGGCAUGGACUGUUUAUUCCUCUCUGAUAGACCUCGAUGACCUUUUAGUUAGUCCGCUGAUCACCCCUCCAAUAGCGUAUGUUCACAUCUUUUUUUUUGUUUGACUUCCUUCCGAUGAGCGGGUUCGUUUGUAUGAUUAUAUACACCUGUGAAUACAUUGGAUGGACGUUAACUA